UUUUUUUUAACAUUUGCCUUUUUCUUUGGGCAAUUUAUCUAUCCAACCUUGGGGGUCAGGAAAUUCAUCAUUACUUACCGUUCUCGGUGAAUCAAUUGGAAAAAAUUUCCCUUCUAUUUUCCUUCUCUUUACCUUUCUCGACUCAACCACACAGCGACACAUAUACAGUUUUCUGCAUAUCUGCACACUCCUUGCAGAAUCUUUGGGGUAGCUCACUGCAGGCAGGGAUGCUGACUGGUGCUACCAUCAUCAAACAAACGCCAGAAUGGAGUCGAGCAAAGAGCCAGAGCUUACGUGAUGAGUGGACGGGAUUUGGUGGGGUGGAAAUGGCAAAUGAAUCUUGCACUGAAGCUAGUCAAGAAUGAGGUGGUCAGGGUUGGGACUAGAGGCAGGAGGAUUUUUUUUAUUUUACUAUUUUUCCCUCUCACUUUUUGUUUUCUCGGGCCUCCCUCAAUCACUCCACAAAAACCCAUUGCAGAUGGGAGAGAGAUCCACACCAUCACGACGCGCCUUGCCGUUUGAGAAUGAACAGAGCUAAAAAGUCUGAGCUCCUUGACUUCCUUUCACACACACACCCAGGUUAGCGUUUCGGGUCAGGCUGCACUACUACUGUUGAAGGUAACACCCCCUUGCCUCCAGGCUGCCGUAUGGAGUUGAUGGCUGCACUGCCUUCUUGGCAUUCCUGCAGAUCCUGACGUGGGUGGUCCAAUCACCACCGAAGCUCCGCUCUGCACGACCACCCGUCAGGCCGUCUUGCGCCUUCAGAGCAUCACGACGGAGUCGGGUUCCCUGACUUCGGAUUCGAGAAGCCCUUUGACUUUUCC